AUGUCCGCAGUAGCGCAGCCGGCACUACCAGCACCACCACCACAAUCGGCAAGGGCAGCUGUCGGCCAGGACCUGUGGAGGCAGCUUAAGCGAGUAUCCAUUCCAGUAUUCCGUGGGGACAAGAAGCAGUUCCCAAGCUGGAAAGCAGCAUUUCUGGCAUGCAUUGAUCAAGCUCCGCUGACAGCCGAAUACAAAAUGCUGCAGCUGCGGGAGUACCUGGCAGGCGACGCAUUGAGAGCAGUAGAGAAUCUGGGCCACUCUGCCGCUGCAUAUGAAGCUGCCAAGACCCGUUUGGAGAGAAAGUUCGGCACAAGUCGGCGACAGGUGAGCCUGUACCUCGAGGAGCUGGACAGAUUCCGACCCAUCCGUCCAGAAUCAGCAAAAGACGUAGAACAAUUUGCGGACCUACUUGACGUGGCAGUCAUCAAUCUGAAGGAUAUGCAGCGGACUGAGGAGCUGGGCAACGGUUCCCUGUAUGCCAAGCUGUUGUCUAAAAUGACGGAAGCCAUGGUAGUCAACUAUCAACGCUGGCUCUACGAAAACCACGAACCCGAGAAUGUGGAAACCCUGCUGACCUGGGUAAAUCGUGAGGCAGAAUUCGCAGUCAUAGCUGCCGAGUCAGUCCGGGGAGUGACCUCGCAAACCCGUCAACAGGAGUCCAGCACUGCACGGCCAAGGGACGUGAGCAGCCAUGGACGAGGAGCAGAUCGGCGUACCUCGCAUCACACCUUCGUGAGCUCAAGCACUAGUGGCGACCUGCCGAGCCGCAACCGCUCUUGUCCAGCAUGUGGCCAGGGUCAUCCAGUGUGGCGAUGCCCAACAUUUCAAUCGCAAAGUGUCACAAGGCGUUGGGCUACAGCACGAGGAGCCGCAUUGUGCUACAGGUGUUUAGGCAGCGGGCAUAGUGGGGCGAACUGCACACGCAGCCGCACCUGUGGGAUCGACGGCUGCACGGAAACGCACAACCGCCUGCUCCACUCAUCAAACAGUGACACCAGUAUGGACCCUGCGGCGAGGAAACCAGCUGGAGCUCAGAGCAGUAACAACCAGGGUAUAGCAAAGCCAAGAGCAGCACCCAGUCAACCAGACAGGUCAGGCCAGAUGUCUGGGCCUCCUUCAUCCGUCAUGAACACGGAAGGGGAGUCAGUGUCCGAAGCCGGUGCGCAUGCCAGAACGCAUCACGGCCAGCAAGUUGAGCCACAGACAGCCCUGCGGACAGUGCCGGUGACCUUGGUAAACGGCAACCGCAAGAUUGCGGUGAAUGCCCUACUUGAUGACGGCAGCACCGUGUCCUACAUGAACAGUAGCAUCGCAGCUGAACUGGGUCUGGCAGGAGAACAAAAGAGUAUUACGGUGUCUGUCCUCAACGGAGCAGCGACAACGUUCAACACCGCCUCAGUGAACUGUCAAAUCAGCAGCAGCGACGGAAGGGCCAGGUAUGACUUCACGGCAUGGACAACCAACAAUGUGACCGCAUCACUCAAGGCAAUUAACUGGAACAAUCAGCGAGAUCGGUGGCAGCACUUGAGAGAGGUCCCAUUCCCUCCUCUCAAUGGAACAAAACACAUCGACAUACUCAUCGGAGUCGACCAUCCAUACCUACAUGCAUCGCUAGACGAGAUUGCAGGAGCCAUCACAUCACUGAACGGUCACAGUACGACAACCGCCAGUCUCGAGCAACUCAACCAGGUCGUGCAGCGGUUCUGGGAGAUCGAUCAGAGCGGCACCCAGCUACGCAGCCACGUGCAGUUGACAACAGCCGAGCAGCAGGCCACAGACCGCGUCGCAACAUCGCUGAUUGGCACUAGCAGCGGGCGCUACGAGAUCCAGCUGCCAUGGAACGCCAGGAAAGUAGAGCUCAGAAACAACUACGCUAUGGCACUGCGCCGACUCAGCAGCACAGAGAAGCGACUGCAGCACAGCAGCGAAGUAGCAGCAGCAUACAGCCAAGCCAUCGAUGAUUACGUGCACAAGGGCUAUGUAGAGCAAGUGCAAGCAGCGGACAUCGCCAAUUCCGGUUGGUUCCUGCCACAUUUCCCCAUUGUGCGUAUGGACAAGAGUACGACGAAGGUACGCAUGGUGUUUGAUGCUGCUGCACAUUAUCAGGGCAUUUCUUUGAACGACGCCAUCUUGCCUGGUCCGAAGCUUCAGAGAGAGCUAUUUGACGUGCUGCUACGAUUCCGUCGAAACUCAGUAGCCCUGGUCUGUGAUGUCAAAGAGAUGUACUUGCAAAUCGAAAUACACCCGGACGAUCGCAAGCACCUCCGGUUUCUCUGGCGUACACAAGACGAGGUCAACGUGUACCAAUUCAAUCGACUGGUGUUUGGACUCAACGUUUCACCAUUCAUCGCACACUACGUCAUCCAGAACCAUGCGCGGCAACAUGCAGUGACGCACCCUCGAGGCGCCGAAGCAGUUCUGGAGUCAACCUACAUGGAUGACACACUGGAUUCAGUGGAGAGUGACGAGAAAGCAGUUGAACUCUAUCACCAGCUAUCGUUUGUGUGGAGCACCGCCGGGAUGAAAGCCAGAAAGUGGCUGAGCAACUCGCCAACAGUCCUGCAGAGCGUUCCGCAGGAAGACCGGCAAUCAUCAAUCGACUUGUCAGGAGAGCUACCAACAACCAAGACGCUUGGUGUACAGUGGCGGCCUGACAGUGACCAGUUUGGCUUUACAUUCUCGAAGCCAGCAGACAACAACAUCACGAAGCGCCUAGUGGUGCGACACAUCGCUACAGUGUUCGACCCAUUAGGAUUCCUAGCACCAUUCGUUGUGCGUGGGAAAAUCUGCAUCCAGGAAAUGUGGGUAGCCGGUCUGGAUUGGGAUACCCCAGCGCCAGAGGCAAUAGCGGGUAAGGCUCGAGCUUGGUUGAACGAACUCUGCGACACAGAUGCCAUCCAGAUACCGCGCUGUCUCUACCCGAAUAGUGAAGCCCCGGACAAGGUACUGCACGUCUUCACUGAUGCAUCAACGCUAGCCUACGGAACAGUUUGUUACGCAGUGUCAACCCUUGCAGAUGGACAGGUCUGUGUUCGUAUGGUUGCUGCAAAGACACACGUCGCACCGCUCAAGACCAUCAGCGUACCCCGUCUUGAGCUGAUGGGAGCCAUGCUCGGCCUCCAGUUAGCACAGUCUACAGCUGAGGCACUCAAGAUUCCGAAGUCAGCAGUUGUCUAUUGGAGUGAUAGCGUGGAUGUCCUCUGCUGGAUUCGCAACCCCAGUCGCAUCCACAAGCCAUUUGUCGCGCAUCGUAUCGGGGAGAUACAGCUGGCAACGCAACCAGAACAGUGGCGCUACGUGCCAACGAAGUGCAACCCAGCAGACCUCGCGUCCCGUGGAACCUCAGUAACCAGCCUCAUCACCAGCCAGCUGUGGUGGGAGGGACCGCAAUUUCUGCAGCAAGAGCAAUCGACGUGGCCACCAGCACCGGCACAGCUUUCAUUGACGGACAAUGCGAAGCAAGAAGUGAAGAAGGACCAUCGGGCUACGGCAUCACAGAGCCAACAACAGCAGACGUUCACAGGCAGCAUCACUGCCGCCGACUUGGGACGCUUGGACCCGGCUCGCUAUUCCGAGUUUAAUCGACUCCUACACGUCACAGCCUGGGUGUUCCGGUUUAUCCAGAAUUGUCGCACACCGGCCAGCAAGUUAGUGACGUCCACGCUGACGGCAGAUGAGCUGAAGGACGCAAGAACGUACCACUGCAGAACAGCACAGCAACAAGCGCUUGAGUACAACACCGUGAGGCAGAAGAACUCACUGCCCAAGGCCAGCAGUCUGAGGCAGUUCCAGCCGUUCAUCGAUGCGGACGGGUUGAUGCGGGUUGGUGGUCGUCUUCAACAUGCCGAAUUUCUAUCGUUCGACCAGCAGUGCCCGAUAAUACUGCCAAAGGGACACCGAAUCACGCAACUCAUCAUCAAGUCGUACCAUGAUUGCGGGAAUCAUACGUGCGGCGUCAAUCACAUGCUAUCGGAGCUAUCAAAUCAGUACUGGUUGCUCGGUGGGCGUGACGAGAUUCGUUCCUGUGAGUCCAACUGUGCCAGAUGCAAGCUACGAAAAGCAUCACCAGCAGAACAGGUAAUGGCUCCCUUGCCGAAGGUACGAGUCAGCCUGCCGCUACGAGCCUUCGCACGAGUCGCAGUGGACUACGCUGGGCCAUUUACAACAAAGCAAGGACGAGGCAAGACCCGAGCCAAGAGGUACCUCUGUCUGUUCGCUUGCCAUCUGACACGUGCCGUUCACUUGGAGCUAGCGUACGGCCUCGACGUGGACUCGUUCCUCCAAGCGUAUCAUCGCUUCACCAACCGGAGAGGAACGCCAGUGGAAGUCACAUCCGACAAUGGAACAAACUUUGUGGGCGCCAACAAUGAGCUCCGUGAGUUGGCAGAGGCGCUAGAUGUCGACAAGCUCCAGCGAAGCAUGGCGCAAGAAGGCACUCGUUGGCACUUCAACCCACCUAGUGGACCGCACUUUGGUGGCGCACACGAAGCACUGAUCAAGGUGGCGAAACGAGCUUUGUCUGCCACACUCAGCAACCGCGAUACGACUGACGAGGAGUUGUACACCGCCAUUACCGGUGCUGAAGCGCUGAUGAACUCCCGCCCAUUGGGAUACCAGUCAGCCGACCCACGUGAUCCGUUACCGCUAACACCGAACCAUUUCUUGCAUGGGCAGCAGGGCAUGCCAUUCGUCCCAGCAGGCACUGACGAGACGCAAUGGACACUCAAACAGCGAUGGCGGAUGGUCCAGGACAUCGUACUUCAAUUCUGGCGCCGCUGGAUGAAGGAAAUUGUGCCAGAGCUGAACCGUCGCAAGAAGUGGACUCAGACCAAGCCAGAUCUCACCGUCGGAGAUGUUGUGCUAGUCGUGUCACCAGACACUGCACGAGGAGAGUGGCCACUAGCAAGAGUGGCGGAAGUGUACCCAGGCAGUGAUGGGCAUGUUCGAGUCGUGAAGAUCAAGGUCCGAGGGAAGUAUCUGACACGGCCUAUCACUCAACUGUGCCGUAUUGACGCGGAGUGA